AUGUAUGCCCCAUAUUCGUCCUUGAAGCAGAAAAUAUUUAUCCACACGAACCUCAUGACCUACAAAUAUUUCCACCAGCGGCGAUUCCUGGGCAUAAUUUUCACAGCAACUUCCCGGCUUUCUUUGGUAGCAUUACGAGACUCUAACAAAUCACGAAAGACUAAUACCUACAAAUUAUCAGCAACUAGCUGGUGUGAAUUAUGCAAAGAAGCAGGUACGGCAGUCGUCCUGAUCGGCAGCGAUUUCCCCAAACAGUUCUUGCUAGUUGGACCAAAUCGGUUGGCGGAUCUGGAAAAACACAUUGCCAUAAGCUUUGGGUGA